GAAACUCUGUUUAUGGGCAAGGGUCUAAUUACGGUAGGAGUAAAUUAUCUUCACCAUAGCACUAUAAAAAAAAAUAAGACCACUACUGCCCUGUAGGUAAUUAAAUAGUUACCAGACCUGACUGUUGAAGUAAAACCCUCUCACCCCCAGGGGUAUCGUCCAAAGACCACCACCCCACCAAGCGAAGACCGUCCUCACCCCUAACCGUGACACAGUCUGAGAAAAGAAUGUUCUCCUAUACAACUGCUACAGCGGGCGCUCUGGUCAAAGGGCGGCAACCCAGUGUAUCCACGUUAAAUACACAGUUACCGCCCAUGAGACACGCAAGACAAAAUGCAGGGGCGGUUACUGUGGGUGACAAGAUCCACGUGAUCGGGGGGUCAAAUGUCGAGACAGGUGACCCGGUUCUAAUGACAGAACACUUUGACCUGGUCAAGGGCAUAUGGCAGGAUGAUUUCCUCUUCAAGAAAUGUGACGUGUCCAACGUGAGCUGUGUGCUGGUGGACGUGCCUAAAGUCCCCAUGGAGGAGCGGAGGGUUGUCCAGAAGCUUCGAUGGGUCAUGUGGUGACG